AUGUCAGGUCCACGGGAGAAAGAGCUGCACCGCGCGCGGCUGGUUGCCAGCGUCGCAGCCACGGUCAUUUCUCUAGCAUGCGGAACCAACUACGUUUACUCGGCAUGGUCGCCUCAAUUUGCUGAGCGAUUGAAGCUCUCAUCGACCGAAACGAACGUCAUUGGCCUGUCCGCCAACCUGGGAAUGUACUCACUGGGCGUUCCCGUCGGCAUGCUCGUCGAUCACAAAGGACCUCGCUCCGCCGUCAUCAUUGGCUCCGUCCUGCUCGCCCUCGGAUACUUCCCUUUCCAUAUCGCCUACGACCGCGCGGCUGGCCCCGUGCCGCUUCUCUGCUUCUUUUCAUAUAUGUCUGGUCUCGGCGGGUGUUUAGCUUUCGCAGCGUCUGUCAAGACAUCUGCCCUCAAUUGGCCUCAUCAUCGAGGAACUGCCACCGCUUUUCCCCUGGCUGCUUUUGGUCUGAGUGCCUUCUUCUUUUCGACGUUUGGGAGUCUCUUCUUCCCCGGAAACACCAGCGCUUUCCUGGCCUUGCUGUCCAUCGGGACCUGCGGCUUAACCUUCUUCGGUUUCUUCUUCCUGCGCGUCUAUCCUCAUGCCACCUAUCACAGCCUGCCAGCAAGCGACGGUCUUUCCGGUUCGCAGCAGCUUCGACGUACUUCUUCGGAAGAGGCCAAGCCCAACCGACCGGGCUAUGGGCACCGCGGCGCUCCGGUUGAACCUGGUACGUCGCCCAAACAUAACAAUACCACUACCACAAUCAACUCCACCGCCGACCACGAGCCGGUUCAUCCCGAGUACGAAUCGUCCGCGCCGUCUCGCGAGGCUGAUGAGGCGCAAAUCGAAGCCGUCGAAGCCGAUGAUUAUGAGCCCGACGAGACGUCCUCGCUGGUGUCGAGCUCCUCUUCUAUGCCCGGUGAUGUCUUUGUGCAGAGUAGUGUUGAUCUGGAUCGUUCUCAUCGAGUAGAUAUUCGUGGUUGGGCUCUUUUGCGUGAAAUCGACUUUUGGCAAUUCUUUCUCAUCAUGGGCAUUCUUACCGGUAUCGGUUUGAUGACAAUCAACAACAUUGGAAAUGAUGUAAAGGCCCUUUGGCGCCAUUAUGACGAGUCUGUAGAUGAGGCCUACCUCAUCACGAAGCAGCAGAUGCACGUGUCCAUUCUGUCGAUUGGCAGCUUCGCAGGCAGACUUCUCAGCGGCGUCGGCUCCGAUUUCAUCGUAAAGGUCCUCCACGGCAGUCGUGUGUGGUGCCUCGUGGCAUCCAGUGCCGUGUUCUUCGUGGCACAGCUCAUGGCUCUGCACGUCACGAACCCUCACCUGCUCGGAUUGGUCUCUGGCCUGUCUGGUAUCGCGUACGGUUUCCUUUUCGGGGUCUUCCCUUCCAUCGUGGCCGAAACGUUUGGCAUUCACGGCCUAAGCCAGAAUUGGGGGCUGAUGACGCUCUCGCCCGUCGUCUCCGGUAACGUAUUCAACAUUUUCUACGGCAAAAUCUACGACAGGCAUAGCGUCGUGGGCCCGGAUGGCGAGCGCGUCUGCCACGACGGGCUGAACUGUUAUCGUGCAGCGUAUCUCAUGACACUGGGCGCAUGCUCAAUCGGGCUGGUGCUCACCCUGUGGGUUAUCCGUCACCAGCGAGUGAAGUGGGCAAAAGAGGAGAAGAUGAAGGCGGAGCAGGAUGACUGA